AUGGCCUCUGGGAUGACUGUCUCAGAUGCAGUGAGCAAGGUGUUUAACCACAUGAAGGUUCGCCAGUCCUCGACAUCCAAGGAGGUGAAGAAGCACAAGAAGUCGGUGGUGUUCUGCCUGAGCGAAGACAAGAACAUCAUGCUGGAGGAGGGCAAGGAGAUCCUCGUGGGCACUGUGGAUGACUCCUACAUCACCUUUGUCAAGAUGCUGCCAGACAAGGACUGCUGCUCUGCCCUCUACGAUAUUACCUACAAGACCAAGCAGAAAAAGGAGGAGGACCUGGUGUUCAACUUUUGGGCCCCUGAGUGUGCCCCCCUCAAGAGCAAAAUGAUCUAUGUGAGCUCCAAGGACGCCAUCAAGAAGAAACUGACAGGACUCAAACACGAAUUACAAGCCAACUGUUAUGAGGAAGUGAAGGACUGCUGUACCCUGGCAAAGAAACUGGGGUCAAUGCUGUGA